CAUAUCACACAAAUUCAUUUUUCCAUAUAGUAGUAGGUGAGGUGUGGCUAAGCUGGCUAAGCUACAUUAAAUGCAAAAUCUUCAAAACCAAAACAGCAAACAACAUUAAAAUUUCCACCCAACAUUGUCUAUACUUAUCCAUCCCAUAAUAACCCAAUCUUUUCAUACUUGUUUUGUCUUUGUCCUUGUCCUUGUGGAGCCAUGGAGCAAGAAAACCAACAUCAAGUCAUGAUUGUGCAUGAUAACAAUGAUGAAGAAGUGGAUGAUUUUGCUUUGAAAAGAAAGGACAACAACCUCGUUACAGAUGUUGUUGUCACAUCCUCUUCUACUUCUUCUUCUGAUAGCAUGAGCAAUGGUGAUAGUAGGCAUCAUAGCAAUGGAAGAACUUCAACAAUUGUCACCGACCCAGAUGAAUCUUCUUUACAGAAAGAGGAAGAAGUUGAAGAGAAAAGAAAUGUUGGUGAAUGUAAUAGUGAUUUUGGUGAUGAUAAAGAAGAAGAUUGUGUACCUGUUGGACUUGGACUAGUAGCUGAAUUUGUAGAACAAGAAGCAACAAAUGGAGAAGAAGUCAAAAUAACUGAUGCUACUCUUUGUUAUGAAUCUUCUGAUAUAUUGCAGAACAAGUACAAUGUUUACUUUGACAAACAACAAGGAGUUUGGAAAUGUCACCAUUGCACAUGGUCGACCAAGCGAUUUGACAGUUCUUCGACUGUGCCAAUUUGGAAUCUUAAGGGGUACCGUGAAAUGCCGAUGAAUAUCAAUACUUUGAUUCAACAUGGACCUUGUUUUGUUUGGGAAACUAAAGGCAAUGAAGUUAACGGACAUAACAGAGUUCAAAAUGGCGAUGCUACCAAACAUGAGAAGAGUAAAUUCGAUGAACAAGUUGAAAAUUCAGAUAUUCAAAAUAGUUUAAGCAGAAAAGUCGAGAACCAACAUAUGAGCAUCGUCGUUGACAAAGUUCCUUCAGGUUCAGAACAAUCUGCUUCACAUGAUUCAUCUGACAGACAAGUUACUACACCGGCUGUGAAUUUCUGUGAAGAAACAAAAAAGGAAAGCGACUCGAAAAAAGAAAUUGACCAACAAGAGAAAGAGUUUGAUGUUGAGCUAGUAAUUGCAAAACAAGAGACACAUGAUUUGUAUUGUCCUAAUUGCAAAUCAUGCAUUACUAAAAGAGUUAUCCUCAAGAAAAGAAAAAGGAACAUUCAUGUAUUAGACAAGAAAGGCAAACGCGAUAGGUUGGACCUUGUAGUUGACGAUAAUGUGGCUAAUAGUACUACUACACCUGAAGUCAACCAAGGUGAUUAUCCAAAUGUAAUAUCUGAAAUUACUACUCUGGAGCCACCUGCUGCUGCUGCUGCUGCUGCUGCUGCUGCUGAUGAUGAUGAUGAUAAUGAUGAUCAUCCUGACAAAGAAGUUGAAGUAUUCAGAUGUUUAUCAUGCUUCAGCAUCUUUAUUCCUAGUGGAAAAGGUUUCAAUCUGUUCCGUAAUUUUGGUGGUGCCAGCAAGCAAGAAAGUUCGCAAAAUCCUUCAAGUAUAACUGCAAGCAAUUUGCAAAAUUCUUCAAAUAUACCAAGCUCAAGCUCCAAUCAAAAUUGGUUCAUCUCUUUAUUUACUUCAACUAAAGGGAAAACAGCCACUAAGCAAGCAGGUGACACUUUCCACGAACCUUCUCGAACUGGUCCUGCUGACCUGCAUCAAUCAACAAUUACUUCAACUAUACCAUCCUCCCCUGAUAUCAGUCAUCCAGAAGGUCAACUCGCUGAUGCAGCUCCAAUUAAGAAUUCAAAACGGACGCCAGAUGUUAAUCACGGACAUGGAUCGGUGAAUUCUACAAUUUCCUCAAAUGGAGUGCAGAGUGUUGUGCAGGAUUUCAUAGAUUUUUCAGAAAAAGAGCAGUCACUAACCAGAAAACCGAGGACCGACAACGGAGAGAAAAAUAAGACUUCAGUGGAUACAAUUAAAACAAAUACUGUUGAAGUUACGUCCUCAAUGAACUAUUCUAAUGGGAUGGUAUCCGAGUACAAGAGUGUUAACUCGGUAACUACUACUUCAAGUGAAACAUUUGUUAGUUCUAGAGAAACCACAAAAGGCGCCAUUCAGAACCAUUAUCAAGAGAAACCUGAAUUACUUGUUCCUAUAAGUGUAACUGUAGGGUCUCUAAUCGUUGAGAAUUCACCGAAUGAUGUGAACAAGCCGCUUGAAUUUGUUAAGAAUAAUGAUUCCUCUUUGAGGCAAGGUGGAGCACAAUCACCAUUUGACAGCACACGUUCUCCAAUAGAUGCUACGUUUCCAUCGAAAAUGGAUAGUACACUGAUUGAGAAAACGAGAAACGAGAUCAAUGAGAAGAUAAAUAAUUAUGUUGGAAAAGAAAAUAACUAUGAUGUGAUUGUUGAUGUUGAUAGAGAAGCAAAUGAAUCAACAACAUUGCAGACAGAAGAUAAUGUUCCAGUGGAUGGUGCUAUUGUGACAGAUUCACAAACUCAAGUAGGUAUUGGUGCACAACCAAGAGAUGAAAUUGGUGAGCCAAAAAAAUGGGAAAUAGUUAAAAGCAUUGUGUAUGGUGGUUUAGUUGAGUCAAUCACGAGUCUAGGAAUUGUCUCAUCUGCAGCUAGUUCCGGUGCUACUCCAUUGAAUAUUAUUGCAUUGGGAUUUGCAAAUCUGAUUGGUGGACUUUUCAUCCUUGGUCAUAAUCUUAAAGAGUUGAAAGAUAACCACUCUAGAGGGCAACAACAGCAAACAAAUAUUCAAGAUCGGUAUCAAGAACAACUAGGAAGCAGAUCGAACUUUGUGUUUCAUGCAGUUAUAGCUGUUCUGUCAUUCCUAAUAUUUGGUUCUGUCCCUCUUAUUAUCUACGGUGUCUUGAUUAAUAAGAACUACUAUGACGAAGUUAAGCUUGCAAUAGUGGCAGCAACUUCUGUUGCAUGCAUCAUUCUCCUUACUAUUGGGAAAGUUUAUACAGCAAGACCACCAAAAUCUUACAUCAAAACUGUGUUAUACUAUGUCACAAUGGCACUUGCAGCCUCAGGAAUAUCUUACAUAGCAGGAAAAUUAAUCAAGGAUCUUAUAGAUAAGUUCAGCCACUCAGAGUCUGGUUUUGCUAUUACCAUGCCUAUAUCAGAGACAAAUAUGGAAACAGCAUGGAUGUCAUACUGAAAUAGUUGAGAGAACAAGAACUUCAGAAGGAGCUUGAGGUUCUUAGUGUUAGAGGGAUCUUCAAAGGAAGUCCCUAGAGGACCUUGGUUAGGAAAAGUGUAUUCCUCUCGUCUUAAAUAUAAACAAAAAGUCAAAUAUAUUUGCUCUAAAUUUAAAUCAAAUAGAUUUGACUUUUUUCUUCUUAUAUGUAAGAUCGGAGGGAAUACUUGUGGUAGUAACAACUAACAAGCAACCUUUUUCAUUUGAUAUUUCAUCUUAAGUUUUGUUUUAUUGGAUUCUUGUUAGUCAAAAUAUAAAUAAGAAAAGAAACGAUUUGGUUA